CCAGGUCCCUCUCCUCUCUCUCUAUGUCACUUUACAAAUAUGUGGAUCUAGUUCUAUUGCUUGCUUUCGGAUUGCUAUUCAUUGAUGUGGCUGAUGGAUCUCUUUGAUGUUUUCAGAGAUUAAUUAAUCUUUUCAUUUCUCCGUUUUGUUAUUUGAAAGUUUUAUGAAACUAUUGAUAGAAAGCUUUAUUUGUGUGAUAAUUUUUACUGUUUCCCUCAGACUUGGACCCAAAUAUGUGAUAUUUUGGCCCAUUAAUCUUUUCUGCAUAAACCCUUCUUCAACCCCACUCUCUCAUGGUUUCUGUAAAACACAGCAAACAGCAGAAAUGCUGAUCCGACAACGCUCUGUCCUGGCCCGAGCUCUAAACCACCGUCUCCGUUACUUCUCCCAGUCUGCCGCCGCGCUCGCCGUCCCGCCGGAUUCCCCUGCCCCAGAGCCCCUGUCUCUGACAUACCUCGACGGGUUCCCAAGACCCGACCCCAAGUACGCGGAGACUAUCCACGCAAUCCCGCGAUCUAUCUCCGGCAAGAACAUCUCCGCCAAGGAGAGGAAAGCCGGCCGAGUUCCCAGCAUAGUCUUCGAGCAAGAGGAUGGCCAGCACGGCGGCAACAAGCGCCUCAUUUCCGUGCAGACCAAUCAGAUCAGGAAGCUCGUUACCCAUUUGGGCCGAACGUAUUUUCUUUCCAGAUUGUUUGAUCUUGAGCUCCGACCCAAUUUUGAUUCUGAGGAGGAGAUCAUCGAGAAAGUUAGAGUCUUGCCUAGACAGAUUCAUCUGCAUGCAGGCACCGAUGCUCCACUUAAUAUUACAUUCAUAAGAGCUCCAUCAAGUGCUCUACUAAAGGUUGACAUUCCAGUUGUCUUCAGAGGUGAUGAUGUCUCCCCCGGGUUGAAAAAAGGCUCUUAUCUGAAUAUUAUCAAGAAAACAGUCAAGUUCCUCUGCCCAGCAGAUAUUAUUCCUCCUUACAUUGAUGUGGAUCUCAGCGAGCUGGAUGUUGGGCAGAAGAUAGUAAUGGGGGAUCUCAAGGUUCAUCCAGCUCUGAAGCUUGUCCAACCGAAAGACCAUCCCGUUUGCAAGAUUAUGGGAGCAAGGGUUUCCGACCAAAGGAAAUCGAAAUAAAUUCCUUCUAAUUUUGUUCAGCUAUUGUGAAAAUUUUGGAAAGCCUAGCAUUAGGAAAUCCAGACUAGCCUAAGGUCUGCUUUGGAUGAUGUAAUUUGUUCCCUGGUCACAUUGAUUUGUGCUUUUAUCUCUAAUUAGUUGCUUACACUGAAGAAAGGGUUCUCCCAUUUUAUGCAGGUCAUGUGCUCAUUGCUGUGAAAUAAUAUGUACAUCACUUGUAAUGGGUUAAUUGAUACCUUAGACAUGAAAGAUAAUGGCUAAAGUUGAUUUAGGAACCAAAUGGUGUCUUAUCUA